CAGAGGCACAUGGCGCAGGGUGGCGGUGGAGGCAGCAGCAAUGGAAGGCCAUACAGCACCCUAUCACAAAAUGGAACCCACCAACAGUGUAAGGAGACCUGAAAGUGGCACAUGGCAGAGUCUGGCGAUGAAGUCAGCAGCAAUGGGAGGCCGUACAGGGACCCAUGACACACUCUGGACCUGGCAGCAGCAAGAGGAGGCGGGGGUACAGGGGCCCAUGGCAGAGUGGCGAAGCGUAAGCAGCUUAAAUUGAAGGCCAUACAGAGGCCUAUGUUAAAAAGUCCCCCCAGCAGCAGUGUGAGGAGACCCGAAAGUGGGCACAU